CAUGAGCAAGAUCUCCAAGUUCUUCAAAGGGGGCGGCUCGGCCGCCUCCAAGGGUCGCGGGGGUCCCUCGCCGCAGGAGGCGCUGGCCCGGCUGCGAGAGACGGAGGAGAUGCUCAGCAAGAAGCAGGAGUACCUGGAGACGCGGAUCGAGCGGGAGCUGGCGGUAGCCCGGCAGCACGGCACCAAGAACAAGCGAGCUGCCUUACAAGCACUGAAGAGAAAAAAGAGAUAUGAGAAACAGUUGAAUCAAAUUGAUGGGACACUUUCGACCAUUGAGUUCCAGAGAGAGGCAUUGGAAAAUUCCCACACCAACACAGAAGUGCUCAAGAAUAUGGGUUAUGCUGCACAAGCUAUGAAAAAAGUACAUGAAAAUAUGGAUUUGAACAAAAUCGAUGAUUUGAUGCAAGAUAUCACUGAACAGCAAGAUGUUGCCCAGGAAAUUUCAGAUGCUAUCUCAAACCGAGCCACCUUUGGUGAUGAGUUUGAUGAGGAUGAGUUGAUGGCAGAAUUAGAAGAACUGGAGCAAGAAGAGCUGAACAAGGGAAUGAGAGAUGUCAGGUUGCCAAGUGUUCCGUCCACAUCACUGCCUUCUCGCCCUGCAUCGACCAGGAAAAGAGCAGAGGAUGAAGAUGAAAUGAAGAAACUGGCUGCCUGGGCUUCAUAAGAGCAUGGUCUUUUUAUAACACCAAAUAUUAUAGUGCACAAUGUAAAGAGCUGUACUGCCGUUUUACAACCACACUGAUUUAGUGUGGUUGCAUUUCAUACAGGAUGGAGCUUUUCAUGGCACAUCUUGCUGAGACUAGUGUUACUGCCAUAUUACAAAACUAGCUUAAAAACCACCAAACAGAAGAGCUAAUUAGUUGCCUAAACUUUCAGGCUUCUUUUUUUUUUCCCCAGCCUUGUCAAGAGAUUUGUUAUAUUAUAGGUUUUUAAUAGGUACUAUCUUACCAUAUCUGUUGGUUUGUAAAACCCUUAUGCCUUGCUUAUGCUCAAAGCUGGAUUCAUUUUUGAAAUGAGAAAGUUAAGUAAGUCAUCAGGACCCUAUAACUAGAGGGUUAUUUGGUUCAGACUAUUUGAAUAUUAGCAAAACAGCUUAAUACAUGUCCUCACUUGCAAGUUCUUUGAGCCCAAGAACUAACAACUAUUCAUUUGGACAUGAAAAUCCAAACAGUCUGCCUGGAGCAACUUAUGGUGUCCUAGAUAUUAAAGGAAGCUCUUCUGUUGGCUUAUUGAAGUGGGAUGUGUUAUUUGUUUUGUUUUAACUGGACAAAAUGUCCUGUGCACUUCUAUAGGUCAACUUGAGUUGUAUUUUGGACUAUUUCUGACUGGGUUACAGAAUUGCAGUGAUCGAGGAAAGCUAAAUGUCUGGGUUCUUACAGAUUCUUGCCAAACACUACUGAUUUUCAUUAACCCUCUCAAAAAUCUAGAAGAGAUUUGACCUUCCUGUGUUCUUCUCUUCUAUCUUGUCUUUCUAGGAUGAGUCUUUAUUUUCUAUGAUAAUACUCAUUCUCAUCGAAGGAAUUAGCAACACAUUUUUAAUUAUACAAUUUCAAAAUAGUUUUAAUUUCUGAGCAUCUGGUUCUUUUCUCUUACUCAGUUUGUGAAUAGAAAUAAUGUGUUGCAUUUGCAGUGCCUUUUAAAACCCUGGUUAAAAGCUGAUUCUGGGUUACUUGUAAAGUUGGUGUGUUACUGUCCAACUGACAGCAUUUUAGUAUAAGGAGCAAAUGCCACUCUUGAGUGCUGAAGUACUACAUAUAUAGAGAAAUUGCUGUUCAAAUACAACCCCAAAAUUAAAUAGGCUGCUCUGUAAAAACAAAGUAUUAAAUAAGCCUUGAGCUCUAUGCUAGUAGCCUGUUGUCAAUUACAAGGAAAUAGUAAAACACUGUGGAGUUCCUAGGGGUGAAGGAAGUAGAGUCCUUGAUGUAGGUUUCUUGUUUUCAAAUGAGUUUAAAUUUGUGAUGACUGAACCACCUGGUGAAUAGUGGUGGACUUGGUUUCUGUAGAUCUUCAGCAAUAGAAGACUGACCCCUUCUCCUUCAGGCUUUAGCCUGUGAUUUGCUGGGUGUUCAGCUUCAACAGGCUUCAGUAGCCUUCAGUGUAGUGGAUUUUAGGUUAAGUAUAAGCAAAUAUGUUUUUCUAGACAUGGCCUGCUCAGAGCCUUUCGAGUUGAGCCCCAUGGAUGAAACCCGAAAUGUAUAAAUACCGAGGAGAGAUUGACUUUUUCAGAACUUUCAUUCUCUGUGGAGGAAUUGCUUUUGGAUUGUAUCUGUAUAAGAGCUGAAUCAAGUCUUGCCAUGUCAGAUAAUUUUCUUACUGGAAAAAGCUGGGUGUGUUAAUUCUAUCCUAAAAUUUGGUGAUACCAAGAAAAUUGUCUCUUUUUAAGAGUAGAGAAAGUUUAGAAUUAUUUAAUUUUUGUUUUAAAUACAAAAUAAAACAGGGGGAAAAAAAAAGACCAACAGAACUUCCUGAAAUUUAAAAAUACAUUUUGAACUCUCAAGGAGUAGGAAACCAAAUAUUAACAAAAUGCUACUUGGUUUUAA